AUGACUUUGAGGGUUGCUAGUCCUCUGCAUAAAAGCAGGAAACUCGCUGGUCGUUCUCUACUUCUCGCGUCAGCUGGCCUCGCCAUCACUGCAUGGACUGCUCAGCCGCUUCAGCUUGAUGCGACAUUGUCUACAGAAUCAAUACAAGUCGAUCCUGCGACAUCCAUCGAAUUCCCAACCGUACUUAAUGUACCUUCCAAAGUUUACAUGCCCACAUUUACCCUCAUGGGAGUGGGUGUAAGGACCGUAUCCUUCUUGGGGAUUAAGGUAUACUCUGUCGGGUUUUACGCUGACCUUUCAAAUCCGAGCUUGAAGGACAUGCCUAUGUCGGCGACCAAAGAAGAAAAGGUUGACUAUAUAGUGCGGAACACGGCAUGUGCCCUUCGAAUUAUUCCCACUCGCCAAACAUCGUACAGCCAUUUGCGUGAUGGUUUCGUCCGCGCACUAGUCGGCAGACUGCAGCUUGCUAAGCAGAAAGACUCAAUCUCAGCCAAGGACGAAGUUGAUGCCCAGUCUCCCAUACGUAAGCUCAAGACCAUGUUCCCAACUUCAUCGAUGGCGAAAGGCACUCCACUGGAUGUUGUUUUAACGGCACCCUCUGCCAACGCUGAAGUGCCUCGCUCGCUCAUAUUCCGCGACCUCGGCGCCCUGGAGAGUAACUGGGUCGCGACGGAAUUUGUGCUCGCUUAUUUCGAGGGUCAAGGAAUUAGUCCACCACUCAAGAAGAAUGUGUUUGAGCGUGUUGAUCAGUUGCAGUCUCUGUAG